AUGGAAAUAGUUUAAAUUUCGCUUUCUGCUGAACAAGUUGUGUUACGGAUCAUAGCGGAGUGCGUUGUUCAUAGUGUGUCAGCAGUGAAGUAGCUGAAAAAAUAAGUAAAAACUACAAAGUAUUAGAAAAAUAAACAGUAAGCAUAGUAAACGGAAAAAUCGCGAGUUCUGCCAAUUAUAGCAGAACUAAUGAAAACUUUUUGUGUAAUUGACGAAUACGUAUUACUAGUUUUUGGCGAAAUGUAUUAAGUUGCUUAACUCGAAUUUCGAAUAAUAUUAUAUACUGCCUGAAACGCAAAGAACAAACGAAAUAAGUUCGCCGUGUUGCGGUUCUGAUUUGACAUUUUUGCACUUUGCAAUUAACAACUAAAUUAGAAAAUAGUUAAAUCUUUUUGAUCAUUCACUUUUUAGUAGCCGCGAAACCACAAUCGACAACCAUUAUAGUGAUUCCCAGCGCGAGCAACGAAAGUGAAUAAGAGGAAGUGUCAAAAGAUGCAAAUUAGUUUUUUUGUUUGCCGAAUUUACAAUCGACUCGUCAAUUCUUAUUGGAAUAAUGCUUUCUAGUAGCAGACGUUCGUGAAAAAAAUUUAUGCGAAGAUAAAAGGCUUAAAUAAUUGAAACCAAACUCAGGAAUCCACUUGGAUAUAAAUAAAACUAUUAACGGAAUACUUAUGAACUAAUGGAAAUGUAUACAAACAUAUGUAUAUAACCAAUUUAAAAAAUCCUUUCGACGUUUAAUAAUGAAAAUGCGAUAUUUUAUUAUCGUAUACAGUUAAAACUAAAGAAUGAAUUUCUAAUAUAAAUAUAAUGUUUUGAUAUAAAAAUAAAACCGAUAACAGGAAUAAUAUAUAACUUUUGAUACAAAAAAAAAAACAAGUUUUAUUAGCAAAAGUGUGCAUUGCAAGGGAAAUGUAUUUUCCCCUUGUGGAAGAGUCGAAAUUUUCGGUAUAAAAAUAUAACAAAAUUACAAAACGCCAUAAUAUUUGCAUAUUUCAAAUAUAACUGGUAAUUUUGUAAAUAGUAUUUGAAAUAAACGUACACAAUAAAAUUUCAAGAAAAUAAUAUCUAACCAUUCAAAAGCAUUAACCCUUUAAUGGAUUUAUGACAAAAAAAUUAAGAGAAAAAGAGAAAUAUUCGCUUUAAAAGUUCAGCACACAAUAAAAAUAACAAAUAAGAACAAAAUAGCGGUGACAAAAAAAAUUUUAAAUCAUGUCUCCCUUUAAAAAAAUCCAAAUUGAAUUUCAACUGUGAAAACAAACCAAUACCUACUAAUAAAAGUAAAUUUUUGUAAAAUAAACUACAAACAUUGAGCAUCGGCAUCCUAUCCAACUACUAAAUGCUACUUAUGGCGCCACGUCGUGACAGCAAUAGCGCCAACAGCAGCACCAAUCUUUUAGUUCAACAUCAAUUGCCACAAUCUCAACAGCAGCAACAACCGCAACAAAGUCAGCAACAUAUUCAAGCAUUUUUGUACUCCACAUCCUUAUACAACGGGGCCAAUCUACUUGAUUCCAAUAACGGUUCUACCUUGAUCACUAACAACAGCAACAGCGAUAAUCAUAACACCAACAAUAAUUUGAAUAAUAGCAACGGCAACAACAUCAACAUGUCACCCAUGCAAACGGGUAAUUUGACACAUGCAACGCUGAAUGGUACCACUGGUGCUGUUGGUCCGUCCUCCGGCACUCAGAAUGGCCACCACCCACACCAUGUUGUCAGCAAUAUAAGCAAUAAUAAUAAUAUCAGUAAUAAUGUGAAUGGCAAUGUAAACGGUAAUAUUCAUGAUCAAUACACUCGCUGUUGCUAUCCAAAUGGUGAUUGUUUAAAAGUGGACGGUUCCUGUCUUAUUGCUUUGGACGAUCUAAGUGACACUGUACGUGUGCUUUGCAAUAAUGAGAACUGUAACAUGGGACAGUAUAUGCAUCGCGAAUGCUUUGAUUCUUGGGAGCAAUCUGUGUUGGUGACCCUCAAGACUAUGGGACGAGCACGUUCAUGGUCAGAUCGUCAACGCUCACAAAACUUGUGGACAAAGAAGGGUUAUGAUUUGGUAUAUAAGGCGUGUGUAUGCAAAUGUGGACAUGGUCAUAUACGCAAAGACCUCGAGUGGUCAUCGCCGGUUCAAAAAUCAAGUGCAACGCUAAAUGGCGGACAGUUUGGUAAUGUAAAUGGUAACACUACGGCUAUUAAUGGUGGAGUUGGCCAACAGCGUGUGCUCUUGGUCAAUGGUGGUAAUGUCAACAAUAUUGGUAGCAAUGCCGCAGAGGAUGAUGAUAAAAAGAAGAAGAAGAAACGCAAUCGUAACAACGGAUCAAAAUCAGCAUUGGCAACGGUAAAUUCAAAUGGGCUCGUUUCAAAUGGGCAGCAACAGCAAGUGCAAUUGUCACCAGCAACAGCACAAGCCCAACAUUCGUUGCAACAACAACAACAAGCAACGCAAGUUUCUAAUCAGCAGCCGCAGCAAGCACAAUCGACAAUUUCUAUGCUUAACGGACAACAGAAUGGAAACGGAAAUAUUAGUAAUGGAAUCAGCGCCAUAUGCACCACCAAUAAUGUCACCAAAACCAAUAAUAACCCAACUACUGCUAAUAAUGCCAUGAAUACAAUAAUUUGCAACAACAACAAUAAUAAUCAAAUCAAUGCUUUGAAUAACUCGAGUGUUGGCGUUAUCGGCUCAGGUUUGCAUAACAAUAACAGUGUCAACCUACAGCAACAACAACAAUCGCAGCAGCAACAACAAGCUGUCACCUCUUUGAAUAAUAUUCUGGGUCUAGAUUUGCGUGCUCGCGCUGACAGUUUGUCAUCCAGUGGUGGUGGCAGUGGCUCGACAUCGCCCUCAGCCUCCCACUCAAGCGCCGAUAUUUCCAUUUCGCCCAUACACCUUCAUCAACAACAUCAACAGCAGGCGCAGCAGCAGCAGUUGCAACAACAUCAACAAAAUAAUUUGCAAUUGCAACCAUAUCAGCAAAGUUUGUUGCAACAAAAUAAUCUCACAAAAAGUAUUUUGAAUGGUGCAUUAAACGGUUGCGUGGACACAAUGCAACGCAACACUACUGCACUGUUGGCUGCCACACAGCCGCAACAGCCUGCGGCCACAACAAUUGUAGGUGGCAUUGGCGCCGUAAAUGGAUUAAAUGGUUUAAAACAAUUGAGUGUUUUCGAUCCGCAUUUGGUGCAACAGCAAAAGAACAAGGAGGUCGAACUUUAUUCGGAGCGUGUGCGCUUAACAUCUGGCUGCAAUGGCAUUUUCUCGCGACGCUUGGACUUUUCAUCAUUCAAUUUGUUGCCGAAGACACGCUUGAACUCCUAUCAAGUUAAGAUCGAAGACGAAGGCAACCAUGGCAACGACGAAACUCGUCUGUUUAUUUUGUCCUCUUUGGCUCAGUCGCAAAUGAGUCGAGUUGCAUGCAUUUUAUGCGAGGAGCCAAUGCUGGUUUUCGAUCGCUAUCCACUCGUUGAUGGUUCGUUCUUUUUGAGUCCGAAACAACAUUCAAACGGUUGCAUUGAGGUCAAGUAUGAAGGCAGACCAUUGUUUUUGACUUGCGUUUGUAUGGCUUGCUUGGACGGAACCUCUUCCAAUCGCGUCAUUAACUGCAGAUUCUGCGGUGAAAUUUGGGAUGGCUCGAAUCUAGUCCUGGGCACCAUGUAUUCAUAUGACAUUUUCGCCGCUAUGCCAUGCUGUGCUGAGCGUCUGAAGUGCAAUAAUUGCUUCAAAUUGCUCUUGCACCCGCAACAGCGGCUCAACUUCUAUAGCGACUAUUCGCAUUGCGUUACUUGUCCUUACUGCGCCACACAGGAUACACACUUCGUCAAGCCGUUGAGCUUCUGCUACACCAAGAGCAAUGUGUUGCGCCACCAAUCCAUCGCAUAACAUGAGGCCCCGUUGGAGACCACGGAAAUGCUGGCGGCAGCAACAACAGCCACACAAACAACAGCAGCAGCAAAUAUUGCCAGCAUUGCCGCUCCAACGGCGAACAUUAGAAACACCAUCAGCAACAACAACAACAAUGGUACCAACAACAUGCAAACGAAGAAAAUUGUGCUCUACAAUCCAUCAGUGGAUUACUCAGCACCGCUGCAACAACAAAUCAAUCCUGACAUCAUCGGCGCACAUCCGCACGCACAACACUAUCAGCAGCAGUGCAGCGGCGGCAGUAGCGGUGGCAGUGUAUCGAGCAACACCCUACACAAUACAAAUCAGGUAAGACAGCCACUACAACAAUCGCAACAGCAACAACAACAAACCCAGCAACAGCCACGCUUGUCCGCAUUUGCGCCCGUGGCUGCCGCACGUCUGUCCUUGGCUGGCCUGGCAGCUGCCGCAGCACCAACCGCAAACGCCCAGGCAAGCUCAGGCAUUGUGUCAACACAGCAGCAUCAGCAGCAACAACAACAGCUCCAGCUACAGCAACAAAUGUUGGCAACACUAGCACUACCGUUAAGUAAUUUGAAUUUGAAUAGUUUCUCUAAUGAAAUGAGCCCGAUUAAAUCUGGCCUUGAACAACAACCACAACAACAUAAUAAUAAUAUUAAUAACAAUCAGGUGGUAGGGCUGUUAGGACGCAAUGUAGGCGCCAAUGGUUUACUAGCAAACAAUAGUGUCGGUAGCAGUAUUAGUAAUUUAUUAAUUAGCAAUAAUUUAACAACGACCGCAACAACAGCAGCAGCAGCAGCAACAACAACUGCAGUCGGCGUUGGAGACGGUGCAAUGUCUUUAUUGCCAGCCAACAGCAAAUUGAAUGCUUUGUGGGGUCAACCGCAGGCCGCAUAUAAUCACUCGGUUGGCAACGCUGGCGCUGGCAAUCUCUUCAACAAUCCCACCAACACCGCCGAUGCCAUCUCAACGCUGUGGGGUUGCUCCUCCUCGUCCGCCUCGAGUGGCGCCUCGUCCACCAGCGGCUGCUCAAGCGGUUCCGGCUCGCAACCAUCGCUCAGCCCCACCUCCACCACAUCCACGCGCCCAGAUUAUCGCUGUGGCGCCGCCAAUGGCAAAGAGCCACUGUGGCCGUCGACACAACAAACAUCACCCAACAGCAACAAUACACUCAGGGAUACUUAUUACACCGCCACAAAGACGGCUGGUGUAGCCAUAACCGCAGGAAAUGUGUUGAUGGACGGUGGCGCUAACAACACCACCGAUAGCGUACAACAAUCAACAUCACCCACAUGCUCCUCCACCUCAUCAUCGGCCUCAUCGACUUGUUCAUCGGGCGUGAGCUCCAAUGCCGGUCUCGAUAUCGGCACUUGGCCCAACUGCAAGUUGCAGAACUAUUUUGCCGUCGACAAUUGCAACACCAACACCGCUGACGAUGUCGCGCACUUUGCCAAAAUCAACAACAUUUGGGAUAUACCAAGCGCAGCCUCCAACGCAAACACACGUACCGCCGAUCUAUUCACCGAUCUCUGGUGCAAUAACGCCGACAAUAGCGCUGCAACAGGCGGCACACGCGCUAACAACAACACAAAUGCCGAAUUUGAACUCGGCACCGAUUCCAUUGACUUUGGCGAUGCCUCAAGCAUUUGGCGUACAAACAUAACGACCACAUCGUCAGUAGGUGGCAGCGCCAGCGCUUCUGGACGAGCGCAACCCAAGCCACUAGCAGCAGCCAACAUUGCUGGCAACAAUAACAAAGCAAUGCGUGCAAAUCUGCCAACCGAUCAGGAUAACGGUGCUGGUGUUGCAGCAGAGGAAGACGGCAACAGCCCGGCUUGCAUGCAAUUGUUCUCCGAACAGUUUCUCAACUACAUGAACAUAAUGAAUUACACGGAUUAAGCUCGUCACGUUGGUGUAUGACAUAAAUUUAGCGCAAUUAUUUAACAGUAAAUAAUUAAAAAUGAAGAUAGAAAUAUGUGACAAGUGCAGCAAGCGCACUGCAAAGUGCAUAAUUAAGCGAACUAACCAAACAAAUCAAUAACAAAAAGCGAAAACAUAACGGAAUAUGCAAAGACAAGCAUGAACUAAUGUUUGCUGUAGCAAAAGCAUAAACAUUUUUUUAUGAUAAAAAUUUUUUUGCAAUGCAAUUUGUGAUCGAUUCGCGUGAAGAGAAUUUUGAUAUAAACUGCAGUUAUGAUUGACAACUGCAAACUACGUUUGAUAACAGCAUAUAUAUAAAAUAGUACUGUUAUUUAGUGAAAGAAAUAAUAAUACUAACAUUUUUUUAAUAUGAAGUAGUAGCUGUUUACCGUUAAACGAAGGCGAAAAAGUAGUACAUUUAGUUUAGCUUAUUUUUUUAGUUGUAAUUUUAUUUUCCACACAGUGGAAGAACGUCUACAGCGAAACAUUUUGCAUUUACCACAGCAGCUGGGUGUUAAAUGAAUAUUAGCUGAUCGAAAAAGUUGGAAAUAAAUGAUAUUGUCAGCUUAUUCCAGCAUCGAAGCAAAUUUGUUUGAAAAAUUUAUUUGGAUUAAUUAAAAAGUUCCAAAAAAUUCGGUUUAAUUCAAAAAAAUUUAAAAAAAAUUUAUUUAAUUUAAAAAAUUUUAUUUAAUUGCAAAGUAAUUCAGAAAGUUUAGUAUAAUUAAAAUAUUCUUGCCUCCGCCAACUUAUUAACUUACAACAUUAAAAAAAAAUAAAUUUGAAUUAAUUAAAAAAGUUCCAAAAAAAUCGUUUCAAAAAGUUUGUUGUAAUUAAAAAUGCUUGCCGCCAGUGAUUAAUUAAUAAUUUAGAAAAAAAAUUGCAAGUAACAAUAUUGUACUUUUUUCCAUUGUAAUAUAAUAACUUUAUAUAACAAAAUAAAGAAAUUGUAUUGCAGAUAAUUACUUUACUGUUAAAAUUUAUUUGCUUUUUCAUUAAAAAAUAAAAUUAAAUUGCCUUACAAUUACAAUUACUUUGCAAUUACAAGCUAAUUAUUUUUCCAUUACAACAUUAUUACUUUUCCAUUACAAUUUAAUUAUUUUUCCAAUACAAAAUAAUUUAUUUUUCACUACAGCAUAAUUUGCAACAAAAUUUACAUUACAGCGUGAACAUUUUUCAAUUACAAUAUAAUUACUUUUCCAUUACAAGAUAAUUACUUUUCCAUUACAACAUAAUUACUUUUUAAUUACGACAGAAUUUUCAACAAAAUUUGCCUUACCGCGCGAAAAUCUUUCCAUUGCAAUAUAAUUACCUAUUCAUUACCAUGUAAUUACUUUUCCAUUACAACAUAACUACUAGUUUAGUAAUCAAAUAAUAUUUUUUUAACACCCACGAAAUGGUUAAGCGCAAAAUGUUGUUGAUUACUUUUCCAUUACCAGAUAAUUACUAAUGCAGUAAUCAAUUAAUAUUUGUUUAACACCCGCGCAAUCGUUAAAUGCAAAAUGUUUCCCAGACUUGUAAUUAAAAAAAAAAUAAUAAUUUUUUGCGCUCAAAAAAUUAUUUGAAUUAUAUUUUUUAGUUAAAUUUCGAAAUAUGUUUCUUCAAUUAAGAAUUUUUAUGAAUUAAUUUUUUUUAGUUAAAUUCCGAAAACUGCAAAUUCCAUCACCGAAAAUUUGUGUACAUUUACGUUUCUGUUGAAAAAUAAUUUUGUUGAAUUUAAUUUGAGUUUUAUUUAAAUCAAUUUACUUUACACUAAUCUUACCUAAUUUAAUGCAUUCAAUUAUAGAACUUAGUUUAUUUACGGCUACAAUCUGCAGAUUUUUAAAAAUAUGUGUGUUUGUGGCAACUCUCUACUUUAAGCUAUUAAAAAUGGAGUAUGCUUAGGAUUUUUAAAAGAAAAUUUACCAAAUAUUUUUGUUAGCAUAAAAAAAGGAGUAACUUAAAGCAAAUUAUUACUACAAAACAUCACUAAUUAUGCGUUUUAAUUAAUUAAUUAGUUUUUUUUUCGUAGCAAGUUAUACACAUAAAUCAUAAAUUAGCGUUACUUUCCAUUUAUACUUAAUUAAAAAAAAAUAAUAAUAAUUAAAAAUUGCUGUGUUUUUCAAUAAACAUAAAAACCAACUUUUUGCAAAUAUGAAUGAAUAGAUAUUACAUAAUAUAAAUGUGUAUUUAGAUGAGAGCCAUUCUUUUGAGCAAUGGAAGAAUGUGAGGCGAAAGAAACUCCCAAAUUAGUUGGUAAGCGCAUAAGUAGCUAUGCAAAAUGAUCUUUAGUUAUUAUUUGAUUGUAACUUUUCAUCAUAACAUCUUUACCUUAGAUUGGUAAUUAUAAUGUAGAAGAAGGACUGCUCGCCACAGGGAUGACAUAAAAAUAAUUUUGCACUGCAUGCAAGCUUGCAAUUUCGCGCUUGAAAAUGUAGUGGUUUGAUUUUUUUAGCUUUGCAUAUGGUACAAAUAAACUUUCGCGCCGAAAUGUAUGCUAUGCCGGGCACUACGGACUUAAACGAGCGGGUGUCUGCGCGUUUCAAUGUUUUCAAUACAGAUUUUUCAACAAUUUCAACUUCCUUUUAAAUAUAAAAUUAAAUAUAAUUAAAAAAUAAUAAUUCCUCACCACCAAUCACCGUGAAGUAACUGUUGCAAAUACGCCAGCUAACUGUAAAUAGCAUUCGUGUAAUUCUCUUAUUAUUUUGCAUGCAAUAUGCAUUUCACUUAAUAGCGCAGCGUGAUCAUGUUAGUUGUAAGAUACACCCCUAACCCCCUAACCCCCUUACCCACUUACUCCCUACAGUUUUUGCAAAGCUUAACUUUAAGCUAUUUAAUAUAAGCCUCUCUCUAAAAUUUAACGGUAUUUGUGAAGUUUUUCUUGUAAAUGUUUUACAUAAUAUUAGUAUUCGGUAUAAAAUUAAUGUAAAAAAUAAAAGAAAAAAAAUUAAAAAUUACUGUGUUUGUCCCCAGGAAGUAUAUAAGGAACGGCCACAUGUGAUCUCUUUCAAAAUUUGCUCAUAAGCAUAGUUUUAGGCAGUCAGUGCACCCGAAUGUGAGUUGUGUCAUUGACACUGGCAAUUGUUGUCACACUUGAACCUUGAAUUGUUUCGCUUUUAAUUUGAUUUGAUUUACUUUAAAUAGAGCAAGCUUACGUUUUUGUGUGUUGCGCUGAAAAGUAGGCAACACUUUUGACUCAUUUCAACUGUGCAUGGUAAUUGUGAUAUUGCUUAGCUUGAGUGAUCACUUGUGUUGUGCUGCCAAAGCGCACACAACGUUUCAACAUUGUGAUAUGCAGUUGUUGUUAUUUUGAUUUGAAGCUUGUCUCUGGUUUCAUUUGUGCGGGUAUGACGUUACAAAAGUUAUUAAAAAUAAUUAUAAACCAAAU